CGCCACUGGUUUUGGGGAAGAAAAGCCCGAGAGCGUUCAGCAUUUUUACCAAUAGAAAUUCAGUUCAACGAGAUCGAAAGUAUAAACCAGUUCUUUGGAAUUUUAAUUUUUCUGUUGGACGACGAUAUGAAGAGGUCAUCGUCGAGUUUCUCAUUUGUUGUGUGUCGUCAGCCGCGUGACGCACCAACCAGAGGAAGAGGGGGCGUUGCAGCGUAAUUGUUUCCAUCAACAGCCUGCGCUUGUUUAUUCACAAGAGACCGCUGCAAUACCAAUACCAACGCGCACCACACUUCGCGACGCGACGGCCGCCUGCAUGAUGCUGAGAGGACGCGGAGGUGCAGAGAAAGACGAAGAGCGCGACGUUGCCGGGGGGGACGAGAAACGGAUUUGGAAGACAUCAACACGCAGUCGGAGGCAACAAGAGCAAGAAACGGGAGUGAUAAAUGAGGACGAGGUCAAAUUCAAGGAUGACACAGCUGCAGAUCCAGCUCGUACCACUCUCGGUGCUGCGUCAAAAACCACGCCAGAAGACGGGCCGCCAGUCCUGUUCCUUUCAUGUAAAGACGAUCCGGAUGUUCAUCUUGAGAAUGAAAAACAGGAGCAGCAGCGAGUCCAGCCUGCGGCUGUGCCUAGAAAUGAUCCCGCGGUCGUGAUGUCCUCCUCCUCCACUUGCCCUGCGCAAUUGUCGUGGGCUACUAGUACCACUACUACUAUCCCCGUUUUUGCAACACCUCCAACACUCGUCGAGGACGCAACAGCAUCUCUUCCGUUGAUCAUCCAAAAGGUGCAAAAGACAAGCGACGCAGAUAGAAGUAGAGAUGAUAUAAUGCAGGAGCACAGCGAAGUACUACUAGAGAAAGACAACCAUUUCUACCGAAGUAGUGGUAGGACAAAAAUAAACCCCAAUCACAAGCUGCUGAUCGAAGACAACCGCGCCUCGAAGAAGCCACCGACAUCUUCGCCUUUUUCAAGUGGUCAAAACGUUUCAGCCGUCGAUAUUGAAGAUGCGGAAGUUGUAGAAAAAAACAAGAAUCUGAACUUCACCCGACUGCUGCAAAAACCCUUCUCGCGGGACUACGUGAAGGCGGUUGUGACCGCCUACGGGAAGGCGUGGGUCGAGCAAGACAGCGACCAGCUGGUGUAUUGUGAGGAAAUAUCCCCCCUCCCCAUAUCGAAAAGGUAUGCUUCUGAAAAUUUGUGAUGCAGAUUUGUGACCACAAAUCCUGUCUGUCUUGCAAGAGGGCAAUCUCAGAGACUCCGCCACGAUAUGCAGACGAUUUGUAAUGCUGCAAGGCCUACAGGGCAGACGUCUGCCAUGCCAGGCCCCUACACCAAGAGGCCCGCCCUUAGGCUUACGAGCUGCGUGCAGUCCUUUACUGCAAGACAAAUGUGAUUUGUGUACUCAAAUACAGCAACACAAAUUUCAUUUUCGAUAUGGGGAGGGGGGAUUUUUCCUCUCAAUAUGGUGCAGCUUUUCACGGCAAACGGGAUGUACAAGGAGAAACCCGGUCGGUGCAUGCACGGAGCGGAGGAGAUUUAUGGCGUUCUCAACUGUUACACUCUCAAGUGUUACACGAAUUUGUGAUGCAAAAGCAGCAAUAGGGAUAGCGGCAAGCUUGCGAGUCGUGCGUCACAAAUUUGGCGCAGAGUUAGAUGCUGUUUAGCCCUUCGAUUAUUUGUCAUGCGAAGCAGCUCGAUCGACUGGCGGCUCAUGGUCAUUCUGCAUGACAAAUUCAUGUAACAGUUGGGUAUGUAACGGUUGAGACCGCCAUAAGAUUCGGCACUACUGGAAGAAGCAGAUCUGCCAGAACGAGAGCGACAUCGAGUUCCAGCAUAUUCUCAGGAAAAACGUCCGCACUCCAUAGUCAAGUUGGGAACUCUGCAAGACGAAGCAACAAGCUUUGGCUGUUGCGCAUGACAAAUUUGGGCUCGUGCUGUAGUCGCGUUUAGCUAGUGCAGCAGCAUUACGGAUCCAGUUUAUCCUGCUGAGAUGAGUAUAUAGAAAUCUCAAAACACCACUAGAGAAAGCUUCUCAUAGGGCUCCGCAUGAGAAGCCUUAUCAGCAUGCAGAGUUGCAUUACAGCUAUGGGAUGGGGACGUUUUUGCGUAGGAAACAGCACGAGGAAGAGGACAUGGUUUUCGACUUCGAGAAAAAACAGGCCACCGUGAAGUGGCUUGCGUCCUUCGUGAAAACAAGUUCAUCUUCGAGCACUUCUAGUGUUGUCCCGCCCUGGAAGCGUCACGGAGCAGAUGGUGCCCGCGGGGGCGGCGGCGGUUCGGGUGAGGCGGAUGUCCUCUGCUUUGUGCAGGUCGCGACGCUCCGAUUCCGAUGGGUUCAGGUCGCGGAGAGCGUUGGGAUGUGGAAAAUCUACUGCUUGGAGGAGUAUCUUAUGCAUUGCAAAAGUAUCGUACUAGAAGUUUAAAUCGCAUCAAUACAAAUAAUUGGCUCAGCAUUACAAGUCAAAAAAUUUGUAUAUGCGGAUUUGCCUUAACAAGUAGCUUUGUGAUGCAGAAAUGCGAUUACUACGAGUAAGAUACUUUUGCACAGGAUAUAUCUGCACCCCUUUUGGAACGUGAACGGGAUCAAGGUUCUUUAUUGUAGUCUACUUAAGUACAUUAAACUCAAUUAUUUUAAAUGCUGUUUGAGUUGAUCGACGCCUGACAUUAUUUUGAAUGCUGUCCGGUCUUCCUCAGCGCUACCUCGAGGAAGCUGCACGACAGGAAGAUUCGCGAUGCUAUAAAAUGAAAAUAAUUCAUCACCUACUUUGUCGCGAUUCAACUUCAAAACGAAACUACUGUAAAACUGUUUGAAUGUUUCAAAUAGGAAUUUCUCACCCGGGAAGACCGGUCGGGCGCGAAGCUGAACAUCUCCAUCAGACUAUCCUCAGUAAAAACGUCCCCAACCCGCCAGAGUUGUGACGCCAAUUUGCAUCUUGUAUCCUUGGGAUGUUUGUUCUCUAGCCAAACUUCAAGAUGAUGUCGUGCGUGAGUCCCAAUAAGAGCCCACGACGUGUCUUGCAGUAUUCUCAUCUUGGCUAAUAUCGGUUGGGGACGUUUUUUUUACUCAGGAUACCGUCGGGGCGACCCAGCACCGCCGUCGCGCGCCGGCGAUCGGGACUUUAUUCGGCAGAACGGCAAUGGAGGCAGUGGGGGCGGAGGACCUGCCUCCGCGGGGGGGAAUUAUAACCGCCCUACUUCAAUACGGAACACGAAUCUGGAGCAGCUAUUCGGAAAGCGCAUGCAAGGAUACCAAUGACGAUGCGGUUUUGCAAGGAUACCAAUCACGAAUUUUUCGGAAGGUACUAGUAGGUACAAGCAGGCGGAGGCCGCGAAGCGAUGACACCAUCUACCUAGAACUCGCACCACCGCGGCAACUAACGGCGGAAAAACCACUAUUAAAAAAGAUGCGAAAUGAGUGAACGAGGGGGAUGCAAAUAAAAGUUGACUUCUCGUCUUUGCGAGUAUAUCAUACCGCGACCUGGACGUGAUGCCGCAAGCCCUUGGAAUAAAAGCUCGGCAUUGUUCGAAGAACAGGGAUGAUAAUGAAGGCGGGAAGAUUUUUUAUGGUAAUGUCUACGAGCUUCAAUGCACAAAACUAGCUGCGCGC